AACAAUAAUUAACAAACAAAGAAAAAGAAAGGUGAACAAGACGCACUGAGGCUAUAAGCUGCUUAAGCACAAAGGGAGAGAAAGAAAGAACCAAAAAAAGAGAAGAAAAGUAAAAGAAAUAGAGAGAGAAUGCAGAGAUUAGCUCCAUUAAUGGAAGAACCAGUGGAUCAAGAGGAACAAGAAGAAGAAAGAGGAGGAAGAUCAACGAGAUCGAAAUCAUGGAAGAAAUGGAUAAAGACACAAUUACAGCUUAUGGUCUUCCACAAAAAACCAGAUAUGAAGGUUCUUCUUAGUGUUCUUGGAUGUCCUCUCUUCCCUGUCCCUCCUCUCUCAAAAAUUUAUCUGCAACAGGCAUCAUCAUCAGCACAAUACAUAAUACAACAUUUCGCCGCAGCAACGGGAUGCAAGAAGCUCGCAGGUGGAAUUAAAAACACUUUUGUCACCGGAAAAAUUACAAUGACUAUGGUGAAUGACCUUACUGGCUCAGCCGCGGUUGGUAGUGCCUCGUCUGUGGCUCAUAAGGGAUGCUUCGUCAUGUGGCAAAUGCUACCGGAAAAAUGGCUCAUCGAGCUGGUUGGUGGCGGCCAUAAGAUUUCAGCCGGAAGUGAUGGAGAAAUUGCUUGGCGCUAUACACCGUGGCUCGGUGAUCACGCUGCUAAAGGGGCUAUACGGCCUUUGCGACGUGCUCUUCAAGGGUUGGAUCCUCUAACAAUAUCAUCAGUUUUUUCAUCGGCACAAUUCGUUGGAGAGAAAGAAAUAAGCGGGAAAGAUUGUUUCGUCCUCAAGCUAUCAACCGACCAAACUGAUUUAUCAAGACGCAGCGACUCAACGGCUGAGAUGAUCAAACACGUCGCCUUCGGUUACUUCAGCCAGAAAAGCGGCCUCUUAGUUUGCCUUGAAGAUUCUUCCUUAACUAGGAUUCAGAUACCGGGAACACUUGCGACGUAUUGGGAGACUUCAAUGUCCUCAUGGAUGGAGGAUUAUCGAGCAAUCGAAGGCAGUGAAGUGGUGAUUGCGCAUUCGGGUAGAACAGAUGUGUUGAUAUCGAGAUUUGGAGAGACUCUCAAAGGAGGAAUCUCUGUGACUCGAAUGGAAGAGAGAUGGACCAUAGAUGAUGUUGCAUUCGACGUGCCUGGUCUCUCCGUCGAUUGUUUUAUACCUCCUAAGGAGAUGAAGAUGGAGUUUCAACACCAAGACGGAAAGAGAUUGUGGAGCAAUAACCCCAAAAAAAUGUCGCGAAUUGCUUUAGGUCGUUAUAGCCGUUACUUCUCGCGCCUUAAACCUCUGCCUUACCUGAAUAAGCCUUCUUCGCUUUCCUCGGCUGCUUCGAAUCGAGAUGGCGCUUGUCAGACCGGGCCGCCACCGAUCCGGGUCGGACUCACCGAGUCAACGGGUCGGGCUGUUUUCGCAACUCGUAGAAUUGGUUCUGGGGAUCUUAUACACACGGCCAAGCCCGUAUUAGCUUGCCCUUCUCUUGUUUCGCUCGACUCCGUUUGCUAUCUUUGCCUCAAGAAGCUCAUGGGUUCUGCUAAAUUCUAUGAUCGUGGAGUCUCGUAUUGCAGCCAAGAGUGCCAAGAGAACGCAAAGGUCGGGUUUUAUGAAGUCGAAACAAGAGCAGAUUGGUCAAGUUUUGGUGAUUAUUGUAGGACACACAACUUCAAGUACCCGCUUAUGGUCAAGAGGUUAUGUUGCAUGGUAAUAUCAGGUGCUCUGCCUGCUGACUCUCUUGACAUACUUCAACCCGCUGCUUUGUCUUCUGAGAUGAUUUCAAAGAUAGAAGACGGUUAUGGUUUGCUCUGGAAUGCAUUCAGGAAGGCAAAUUUCAAGGAUGACGAUGUUGCCUUUUUAACUAAACAAUGGUAUACGGCUGUUCUCGCCCGGAUUCGUAUCAAUGCAUUUCGUAUUGAUUUGGUUGGAGGCUCAUGUGGCGAAGACCUUCUGUCACUGGCUGCAGCCUCUGUUGAAGGUGAAGGUGCAGUCGGCCAUGCCGUUUACAUGCUGCCAUCCUUCUACAAUCAUGACUGUGAUCCAAAUGCACACAUAUUGUGGUUGCAGAAUGCAGAUGCAAGGUUGAUGACUCUUCGCGAUGUGGAAGAAGGUGAAGAGCUUCGGAUAUGUUAUAUAGAUGCAAGCAUGGGAUAUGAAGCUCGGCAAGCACUACUCUCUCAAGGCUUUGGCUUCUCCUGCAACUGCUUACGCUGCCAAUCAGGGGACUGAGAUUAACUCUUUCCUCUCUGGUCAUCUUCACUUUUCAUGUAUCUGUUGUAGUAAGUGAGAAGACGAAGACAACAAUAAUACAUGCAUGUAUCGAGUAAAAUGUCUAAACUCAUGUAAUUCUACUAAACACUGUUAUUAUCAAAUGUUACAUUCUAAAGAAAUCAGAGUUUUCUCAUAUUAUACAU